AUUGAAGUGGCAGCAGUCAACAAUGCUGGGACUGGAGUCUACAGUACCCCCAGAGAUCAACUGACACAAGAUGCGUUGUUCCUGUCGGUGGGCUCAGUUUCCACUACAACUAUAACCAUUUCUUGGACACUGGCUGAAGAUGUGACUGCUACCUCAUACACCGUCUCAUACUUUAACACUAACUGCUCCGGUGACACUGGCAGCAUCACUACCUACAGUAUGGAGUACAGACUGACUGAACUGGAGGAAGGAACUACAUACCUCAUCACUGUCGCUACCACUCUAAGGAGUCAGAUCGUUAAGUACAACAUCACAGCUGCUACAAAUGCCACUGUCCCAUCUGCCCCUCCCUCCUCUUUGGAUGUUUGUGUGGUUAACUCUUCCACCAUCACUGUCGAGUGGGGAGAGGUGCCUUGUAUCCAUCAGAAUGGAGUCAUCACAGGAUACUCAGUGAGGUAUCAGGUAGUAGGAGGUCCAAAUACAGGGACCAUGGUAAACAUUACUGGAGGAAGUAUAUCUAAGACUACAAUCUCAAAUCUCGAUUCUUCCACCAACUACUCAAUUCAAGUGGCAGCUAAAAGUAGUGCUGGUACUGGAGAGUAUAGUUCCUCUGUCUUUGUGGAAACCCCACCAGCCGUAUUCUUAAGGCUAAAUUGUGAAAUCUUCACUAAUCAUAGCUAUGUGGAUAUCAGUCAUAUUGGCUCCACCGAUGACACUGCUCUACUGUGUAUCACUAACCGUCCUCCACCAUCUGGUAGUCCUAUUUCUGGAGGAAACUGGUUUGUUCCAGAUGGGACCAGAGUAGCUUUUGAUGAGGUUACAGGAUUCAGCAGAACCAGAGGCUCUAUGGUAGUGAGACUGAGGAGGACCACUGGUACUGGUACUGCAGCUGAAGGAAUAUAUCACUGUGAGGUAAUGGACAACACAGAAACUGACCGGACAGUUUAUGUAGGAAUAUACAAUGGAGGAGGAGACAUUUCAAUACCUGGGGAACUGGCAGUGGACUCUGACCUCAAUGGAGCCAGUCCUCAGUUCACCCUCACCUGUAUCUCAACUGGUGGACCUGCUACCACUGUCACUUGGACCAGAGACUCCACCACUGUCACCCAAGGAGCCCAGACUGUGUUGAAUGACCCAGUGACUGCACAGUACACCUACACUCUGACUGUGACUACUGCAGGAGUGUACACUUGUACUGUGGCUAAUAACAAGCCAUCUUCUGCUUCAGCUAGCUUCACAUUGGAGGGUCCCCCAUCUCCCACUGAUGUGACAGCAGUCCAGACUGGUCCCACUAGUAUCACAGUGACCUGGACUCCUCCUGAUCCUCUGGAUGGUAUCACUGGCUACAGGAUCUCCUUCGCUGGAGGCAGUGGUGUGGAUAUUGAUGGUGGCUCUACCAACAGCUACACUCUGACUGGUCUCACCAAUGGACAGACCUACACCAUAUCCAUUGUAGCGAUAGUUCCAAACAGACCAACAAGUGCUCCUGAAGUUCGAGAGAUCACAUUAGUGAGUGUUCCAGAGAAACCAACCAUAGAUAUGGACAUCAUUGAUACCACAUCCACUACCAUCACUAUCUCCUGGAGCCUUCCUCCUGAUGUAACUGGCUUUGAGGUGAGCUGGGAGCUAACAGAGCAGACGAGAAGAAGAAGACGAGUCCGCAAUGCUGAGGGAGGGACUAGUGGACGACUCUCUGCAGACCAGAACAGCUACACUAUCGACAAGCUGAGGAGUGGAACUAGCUAUGACAUCACUGUCACAGUCUUCAACCCUGCUGGGAGCUCUUCCACCACCUUCACUCGCUCUACUGAUGGAGGAGGCAGAGAGUACUAGCUGUGAAUGUGACAACACUUCAGCCAUUAUCGGUGGAGUAGUGGCUGUGGUUCUUAUAAUCGCUACCUCACUGACAGUCAUAGUGGUAGUGAUUCUAGUGCUGAGAAGUCGCAGUGGGAAUUAUUCUGCAAAAACAAGAGCUACAGUUGGAGCUACAAAUCAAUCAGUGGAGCUCUCCAAGCUCUCAGAGCCAACAUAUGCAGAUCCAGACCAGCUCCAGACCACCAGUAAUGAGGCCUACAAUGUAGUGAGAGGGACUGGAAGGACAGCUGAAGAUGAUUAUGAAGUACCACAAAACCUUCCUCCCACCACCUCCUCUCAACCUACCACUACUGCUGCUACUGGAGACUAUGAACCUGUGUGACAGUGGACAUGACUUGUGCAUAGAGCCCUCCUUUGAACAUUGUUUGUUUUUGCUACAUGAAUAUCAAUACUAUGUCAGUUUGUACACCUCAACAGAAAGA